CUGCAGUAUUAAUAAUCCUCCUCUACACACUCCAGCAUACACGCCGAAAUAAACUGCCCGGAGCUCUCAGUAUAUAUCAAACACUGCGUGUCCAAAGGGCACAGCUGCGGGCAGAGCAAAACAUUUGCAGGAAUGGUACUGGAUAACUGCCAGACACCGAAAUCUUGGUGCAUAGCCUGCACAUGGAAAAAAAGCGACGCUGAUAGGUGGUCUACCCCGAGGAGCCUUCAGUAAACAGCCUGAUGGACGAGGAGACACCGCAGUGUUUACAUUGAAACGCGCUAAACGCAGAACAGAGCCGAGCGGAAAUGUUUCCCAGCAUCUGUUUCAUAACCCGACGCAUCUGAAGUGAGGCAGACAUGACGCGGCGCGCGCGCUCUGUUUAAUGAUGCAUCACAGCACCCUCAUGCCUAAUUUUCUUCUAUGAAGCGAUUUUUUUUCUUUAUUUAAUGUACAAUCACGGUGUCCUGCAGUAAAUCUGAAGCCUUAUGAGGAGGAUGAAAGCGUCGGUAUUUGUCGCGGUCAUGUCCUCGGUUUUAUUUAAUCCCAGUUUUGCCUUCAGCUCGCAUUUCGACCCAGGUGGCUCCCCGUUGAGUGAGCUGUCAUGGCCGUCCUCUCUGGCAGUGGUUGCUGUCUCCUUCUCCGGCCUCUUCACAUUUGUCUUCCUCAUGCUAGCCUGCCUGUGCUGCAAGAAAGGGGACAUCAGCUUCAAGGAAUUUGAAAAUAUGGAGGGGGAGGAGGGCCAAGCGGACCUUUCCACUUUAGCCUCCCCCAGCUCUCAGAACGACCCCGAGGUUUAUAUCCUGCCCCUGACGGAGGUCUCACUGCAUGUGUCCAAACAGCCCAGCAAGCCAUUUCAGCUGCUGAAGUCUACAGAUUUCGGACGCCACAGCCUCCUCUACAUAAAAGAAAUGGGACAGGGCUGGUUUGGCAAGGUUUUGCUGGGGGAGGUGAAUGUUGGACUCAGUACCACACAGGUGGUAGUUAAGGAGCUAAAGGCCAGUGCCAGUGUACAGGAGCAGAUGCAGUUCCUGGAAGAGGUCCAGACUUACCGGUUGCUCCAGCAUCCAGCCCUCCUGCAGUGUCUGUCCCAGUGUUCAGAAGUCACGCCCUACCUGCUGGUUAUGGAGCACUGCCGCCUGGGAGACGUUAAAGGAUACCUCCGUAGCUGUCGGGCAGCAGACUCAGUGACCCCUGACCCUUUGAUCCUUCAGCGGAUGGCAUGCGAGAUAGCUUCUGGUCUUCUGUACCUUCACAAACACAAUUACAUUCACAGUGACCUGGCCCUAAGGAACUGCCUGUUGACCUCAGAGCUGGCAGUGAAAAUUGGAGACUAUGGCCUCAGCCACAGCAAGUACAAGGAUGACUAUUAUGUGACAGCAGAUCAAAUAUGGGUUCCUCUACGUUGGAUUGCCCCAGAACUUAUUGAUGAAGUCCACGGCAAUCUCUUAGUAGUGGACCAAACCAAGUCCAGCAAUGUCUGGUCACUAGGUGUGACGAUAUGGGAGUUGUUUGAACUGGGUAACCAGCCUUACAGGCACUAUUCUGAUAGGCAAGUUUUAACAUUUGCUGUAAAGGAACAGCAGCUCAAACUGCCAAAGCCUCUGCUGAAAGUGCCUCUGUGUGAACGCUGGUAUGAGGUAAUGCAGUUCUGUUGGCUGCAGCCUGAGCAGAGGCCUGUUGUGGAGGAAGUCCAUCUACUGCUAGACUACCUGUGUGCUAAGGGUGCAACUGAGUCUGAGGAGGACUUUGAGAAGCGCUGGAACUCUCUCAGGCCAAGUCUGGGCUCCAGCAGCUCUCACAGGACACCUCACGUAGCCUCUUCUACUUCUUCCUCAUUUCCUCUACUUGAACACUUCUCUAUGGCAGAAAGCUUCCAGUCUGAGAAUGGGGAUGAUAUAUUGACAGUAACUGAGACCAGCCAGGGUCUCAACUUUGAGUAUAAAUGGGAGCAGGCACGAGCUGAGCAGCCCUACUGCUCUUCUUCAGCUAGUGGACCAUUGGGAAAGAAUAAUCCCCAUUACCAGGAUGUGUAUUACCCUCUUAGCAAUUCCACGGGUAGCUGCAAGGGUGAGAGCCUCCCUCUCGGGGUUUCUCCAUCCUACUAUGUGUCAGACCAUCCAGGUGUGGUUCCAGUGCUAAGUGCACACAGCCCCUCAGUAUGUAGUGAGUACUACAUCCGCAUUGAGGAGCCAGUUGAUUGCAACAUCAAUUUAGAAGACACCAAUCUUGAUUACAGCCCAAGACUUGAAGCCAGUAACAGUAGCUUGUCCUCUACAGGCAGGAGGAGCCCCAUUGGGUCUCAGCCAAACACAUACUGGUCAGCAGCUAAAGAACCCAUCAGUAAUGAUUAUGAUUCAGAUAGUAUCCUAACCAUGGAGCCACUCCAAAGAAGAGUUCCAAGCUCGGUAGAGAUAGACCAGUCAGAAGUUUAUUUUUCUUCCAACGACAGGCACAAUUUACAGUGUGAACAGUCACCUCAAGCAGGGCCAGAUGUUCAUUUGAUAGGAGGGCAUGGUUCAAACUCUGAUCAGCAGAGAAGAGGGCCGGGAAGCCUCUGCCAUAGACUGGAGGUGGUAAAGGAAAGCCCACUUGGAGUUUCAAUCUCUCUUAGUAGUCCCAGCUUGGCACAUUGUGACCCAUAUCUUGAGUCUAACCAGAGAACUGUAGAAAGUAGUAUGGCCAGUGAGGCCUAUUAUGACAUGAUGGGCCCCUUACAAAAGAAUGUGCCCAGACCCCACUACAUGAGUAUUGAUAUUGACACCGGUGAUGGCCUUCUUUUGGGGAGGGGGAGUGCUGAUCCAGAAGAUGAUGAUGAUCUGUUUUCUCAGAACAUGUUAACUAAUUGGAACUCCAACCACUCAGCAAACAACAACAGUUUAAGCGAUUGUACACAAGCUGUGUGUUUUCGAGAUGCAUACCUUGAUUUACAUCACCUGACACCCUCUUCUCAAGUUGGGAAUUUGAAAUCAAGAGUGUUGGAAACAAGAAACAGUUGUACAUAUAAUUCCAUCAAUUCAAUCAAAGACCACUCAUACAUGGAAGCCACAGAUAGUACACUCACUGCUAGUAACCCUCACGCUGACUCAGAGGGUGGUGAAUACCUACAUUUAAGCCCUGACAGUACUCAGGAUGUUGAAUCAUCUUCCAAAUGUCAUUCUGUCACAGAAAGUCAGCAUAUUUAUACAUGGCAGAAGAACAUUGCUCAUAAACAUAUCAAAAACAAUACAUCAGACUUCCGUGUAGGAGGUUGCGGCAGAAUGAAUCCAUCAACUCUUCCAUCGGAGCUGGUAGUGACUAAAGAAAACGUGUUACUUGAGACAAGGAUAUCCCCUGCACAAAAACUGAAACUUGGGACAGAUGGUUCUGCUGGAGUGUGUGGAAAAAUGGUGUCAUGCCCUAAGGAUCUGUCUAGGACUGUCUCAGAGUGUAACCAUUUGACAGACAGCAGGAUGGUGCCCGACAACUCCAGUAUAAAUUUGGUGGAAAUUAAUGACUGCAGUGACGACUGCAUGGACAUCCUCUCUGGAGUACUAGCAGAUUAUCCCUUGGACUAUGCAGAGGUGGGCAGUAUUGACCUAACUCAUAGAACACUGCAGAGAGAGACUGGGUCCAGACACUGCGAGGACACAACUAAUCUUGCCUCUAGCAGCAGUCCAUGUGAGGGCUUCAGCUCUGAUACUUACCACACGCCCAUUCAGCCAAAAUCCUUAGACAGUGGCUAUGAAACAGAGAAUAAUGAAUCCCCAGAGUUUAUCUUGAAAGACCUUGAAGGAAAUACAGCCCUUAGCACUAGUGUAGAAUCAGACGAGUGUGACAUGUUGCUCCAGAUGGACCUAGAUGAAGAUGUCAAUGUAAUCCUCCUGCAUCCAUCCAGCAGUCAUCUACCACUGAUCAGCAUUGGUGAGAGGAAUCAGUACAGAGACUCUGCUUAUUUUUCUGACUAUGACAUGGAGAAUGACAAGAGCCCCAGUGAAGGGGUCCACAUGUUCUUCAGACGCCAAGAUGAGGAUGAUGUCUUUGAACUCAAAGCAGAAAAGGAGGGCUCAGAAAAGACAUUUGGGAGAAAGGGACGUAACAUGGAGAGUGAGAAGGGACAUGACAUAUCUGUGCCAAAGGACAACAGUGCAGCCCUUAAUGCUAAACAAUUGUGUCUUAAAAAGACAAGCCCAAAUCUGUGUUCAUCACCUGCAUUGGUUCCAGUGAUUUCUAUGCUUUCUCCCUUUCCUCCAGAGAUGGGGGGUUGCUUGACCAAGGAGUCAACUCCAGAUGAUGGUAUUGGGUUGGAAUCUGAUCACUCUGGAGAGGAACCAAACUCUGAAUGCUACUCUUCCACAGUGUCUGAAGGUUCUUCCUCAACACAGGAGGCCUCAGGUGUGGAGGAGCAGGCUAAUGGAGACACCAGAGAUUUUUCCUCAGCAGAGUCUAUAGGCUCAGACUCUACCAUAGUAGACUUAAGUGGGGAGGUAAUCCAAGCAGAGGAGCAAGAGGCCUGUAACAAACUGGACAAUCCGGAGCAACGGAUUGGAAACAACGAGGAAAAGGAAGAUUCAGUGGAAGAAGGUGGCAUAGGUUCAGCACUUUCAAAACCAAAGUGUGAUGUAUCUUUGGAGAAUAUUCUUCCAGCCUUGCCAGAAGAUCUAGAUAUUCCAGCUCCACAGGGGAACGGAGAGGAGGUGGAUGAGGAGGAUUCAGAGGAUAGUGAUGAGUCUGAUGAAGAACUACGUAGCUACAACAUACAGGAGCAGAGUGAUGAGAGUGAUGAAGAGUUCCCUGUGGUGCCUGUCAUUGUGAGCGAUCACAACAGUGCACGGCAUCUACGCAGCCUCCUCAAAAUGCCCUCCAUACUGACACAGUCCUUCUGCGAUGAGCUGGAGAGCAAGAAAAAAGUGGUGUCAUUUUUUGAUGAUGUCACUGUGUUUCUGUUUGAUCAGGAGAGCCCCACGGGUGAGCUUGGGGACUACAGUUUUCCUGUGGAGGCAGAAGUCAAUUGCCAGGCUUCAGAGGUGGAGCUGCCACGGUCCCACGAUAGGGACAUUUCCCCUGAGGAUUCACCAGGAAGGAAUGUCUCAGAAGAAAGUGGGGCAUUUCAGUGGCAAGAUAAUUUUCCAUUGAUGCAAAGCCCUUCAACAUCAGAAUCUGGCUCUGAAGAGAUCGCUACACCACCCAACUCGCCUGUCAAGUCUCCAGAUGAAAAACCAGCACCUUCACUUUCCCGAUUUAGUGUCUCUCGUUUCUCCAUUACGCAUGUGUCUGACUCUGACACAGACUCCAUUGGAGGUAAAAGUGAGAAUGAAGCCCAGGAGUGAAGGGGUCAUUAACCCAUUUAAUUGAAGAGGUGUUUAGAACCCGUAUGGUUUGGUCUCAUCAGACUGUGGGCUCUCCUGAAUCGCUAUAUUUUUGUUCUUUUAAACGUGCUGGACAAAAGGGUCCUGUCAACCUGAUAUAAUGUUUGGACACAGUGCCUCAUAUUGUAGUUGAUUAGCCAGCCCCUCCCUUGUGUUCCUAGACAGAUGGUGGUUGAGUGACAGUUUUUUUGAGGACAAAGUUAUAAGAACAGAAAAAGAGAUCUAUAUAACACAACAUAUUUAUAAUCUAUGUAUUAGAACAUGAAGUAUGACGAUUAUAACUUAUUUGCACAAUUCAGUAUCAUUCUGAAAUCAUCCCUUUUUUUUAGACAACAUAUUGUAGGAAACAAUAUAGAUACAAGGCUGUUGUCCUCAUUUGCUUGUCAAUAUGUGGUUUAGAGUCUGAAAGAUCUGUCAUAGUGCUUUACAUUUUUUCAGCUUGACCCAAUGAGCUGCAUAAAAUAGAGUUACAAGAUGUCCUGCCCUCAUAAAAGAAAGACCCACAUUUAUUAUUGAGGGUGCCAAAAAUGAUUUACACUGAGCCCCUCACUAUAAGCUGCUCAAAAGUGAUAUUUUCUAUAUUUGACCACUUUUAACAAAACUUUAGCUCAGGGGUGUUAAGCGUAUGGUACAAAAGUAGAUUAUAUUAACAAUAUAAACCAUCACACUUAAAAGUCCUCAUACAGUCUUCAACAGCAUUUUGCUUUUUUUGACUCAAGACAUCUUAUUCAAAAGUGCAGUUUAAUCAUUAACUCAUUAAUACUACUACUUCUAUUUAGAUAUCCCAAAUAUUUUACAGAUGACAGUGAUAUAUUACAGUACUUGAUUGUGCUGAGAAGCAAUGACAGUAUUGCAGGAGAACAGAUAAUAAACCAGCUAUUUUCCUUCAACUAGUAUGGUAGCAUGCAUAUAUAAGUUAGCUCACAAAUGGGUCAUUCCUGUUUUUGUCCUGCAAUUCAAACCUAGACUUUCAGAAAUAUCAGGCACUUGAACACUUUAAAAAAGCUCAUGUGCUACAUUCUGAGUGCUUUGAGGAUGGCAACUUAAUGUGAGAAAUAGAAGAAUUUAAGAUGCUAUUUAAAAAGAUACAUCCAAACUUUGCUAUAAGGCACAGUCAAUCACCUGUCGUAAUGCUUCUUGACUGCAACUUUUGGAUGUUUUCAUGAGUGCAAGGUUUCACUGUUAUAGUUAAAAUAAUCAAACGAUUAUAAUAGCGAUUUCAAUUUUAGUCUGUUUUUCACGCAAAGCUAUUGUAUGACUUCUGAGGAAUUAAAUAAGCUACAUUUAUGGUGCGUUUGCCAUAUUUGGAGCUGUAGCUCAGACAUUCAAUUCUUUGUGUUCCAAAACUUGAAUUUAAUAUAUCAUCCAGUAUGACAUGAUAGGGGCAUGAAAAUGCACAGCAUAUGACCUGAUGGUACUGAUGGUGACAAGUUUACUGGUGCUUGUAAGGAUCAGAACUUUAGGAAGUCUAUCACAGCAAUUAGUCUCGUGCAUGAAUAACUUUUGCUUUGAAUCCAAGAGCUACAGGAACUGUUUCAGGAAAAAAAAACAGCGGGUUAUCAAAGUCCCAGCUGUACACUUCACACCUGUGGUACUCAGACACAUAACCAAGUUAAAGAAGGAAGAGUGACCAUCUCGUCUGUGAACAAAAUGUGUUACAAACAAUAAUGGCAGCUCCUGCAGAUCUGAUCCUUCGUCUGUGAUGAUGCCUUGUCUCAGAAGUGUUAUUUUUGUUAAAUCCAAUAACAAAUAGAUGUUCAAAAAUAUACUACAAAACAAUUCUGAUGGUCCAGAUGGCAUGUGGGCCUCAUGUGUUUCUACAAGUUUCUCUCAAUACAUUUAGUCUUUUGUCCCUAUAUGAUCUGAGGUGUUACACCGAGGCAAGUUAUGACCCGUUUUACACGAUGAUCUGUUUAAAUGUAACGUACAGCUGUACAUGUCAUGCUCUGCCUUGAAUCACUGGAGCCCAUACACAUUUGUGCCAAUACUGUAAGUCACAAUCACUGCACCUGUACCCUCGCUUUCUCGCUGUAUGCCUUUCAAGAGUUUUAUACUGUGCUAAAUCUUGCAGCAGUAGAUACUUUUUCUCAUUCAGAAUAUCAGUGCUUCAAUCGGCUGGUUAUGGUUGCCAAAGAAAGGUCAAUUGAAAGUGAACUGAAUGAAGCUUUGAAGGGAUAAGUCUGGUGUUACUGCCUCAUAUCUGUCGAACCGUAUGUCCUCACAACUCAUGCCUACUGUAAUAUUCUAA